AUGCAAUCACACCUCGCGGCAGCGACUCUUAUUUCAUCCUCAAACAUCCAGUACUGCACUAAUGAUGGCAAGGAUCCACUGAAUUGCGUGAGAAAGUUGGUAGUAGUACUUUCUGUGGAUGCAAAUCAGAUAGAAGAUGUAGAGAAAGUGGAACUCCUGAAGAUUGCAAAGGAUGAGACACAGGGAUCUUCGGAGCAGGUAUCUUUCCACCCUAUUGAGGUUUCUAUCAGCCGCACGCAUGUGCGCUAUCGGUAUCCUUUGUAUUAUGAAAGAAUCUUCAAUUCUAAGCCCUAUGAAAAACAAAUCGGUACUAGUUUUCUAACCCCUUGCAGUGAUGACUUUGUUGAAUCCGCGACGUGUGGACUUGCCAAAGCAAAGGGUAAACCCAUUCAAUAUUCACAAGGGUUUUGUUGUAGCUGUGACGUUUGUCAAAUAUUGAAUUUAUGUUCGCCUAACAUUCGAUCCCAACGAAGCUGCGACCUUUUCGGACAGUUCUCGACUGCAUCAUGUCUACGCCAUAAUAAGCAUUGGUAUGAUGGGUAUAGUAUCGGCCCGUACUUGAUCGAUUACACAAUAAAGAUUCGACUGGGUAAAUCUGUCGCAUCGACAUCCCUUGAUGUUGGUUCUUCAUUGAAGCAGGUGAACAGCACACUGUUACUUACUCCCCAAAACCCGGUUGUCACCUCCAAGAAAUUCGGUGCCAUCGCGACUGUGGUAGGUGGUCUGUUGCCUGACACUCAACCCUUAAGCCUCACUCAAAGCAUGUUCUUUGCCCCAACAGUGGGCUCAAAAGGGGAUCCUAUUCGCGAAGGAUCGGCUGAAUGGAUGAUUCUGGAUAAAUCACUCGUGACACUGAACGGUCUCACCUGUGACAAGGUGGGGGUGAGCUAUGAGGCUUUUGCAACGCAGUCCAAUCGGUGUCGUAAGGCAUAUGGCAGCUGUCUCAACUUCCAGCUCGAUGACUACCGUGCAAUGGAUAAGAAGGCUAUUGCCUCAGGGAGAAAAGGUAAAUGCAUGGCCCACUCAUUGGGAAAUUUCACCCUGGAGACUUUUCACAAUAGGAAAACCUCCAAGACGACACGUUACCUCAGCUAUACUGCCACAUCUUCUCCUUCAUCUGUGAUUGUUCUAACCCUUUCGGCAGAUGACCUCCGUUACAUUCUAUCAGUUUCCCCAGCCAUCAUCAUGAGCGCUAAUCUGACACAAAAUGAGGUGAUGGACAAUAGUAAAGACGUCGAUAUUUUGGUCAAGAUCAAAAACACCGGCACCGUUUCUUCCCGCUUUACAGUAUCGAUAGAGUGUUCUGAAGUUGUCUUCCCUAUUCCUGCACAAAUUGUUUCUCUGAAACCUUCAGAAGUUCGAGAGCUCCGUUUUAAUUUAGACGUUCAAGACGUCAGCCACACAAGCACGGGCACCUGCGAGGUUAUACUUAAAAAUUCAGAAGGACACGUCCAGGAUAAGAAGAAAAUAGAAUUCAAGACCAAACAAAGAGAAAGGAAUGAAUGGAUACCGGAUGACAGUAGUGGAUCAGGAAGGAACGAAACAAAGUCUGUCCCUGUGAGUGGUGAAUACAACAGCUCCGGCCUCCUGAAACCACUUUUCACAUUAUUGAGUUACAUUAAGAACACGAUAAAGGAAAAUAUCGACGGGACAAUAAAAUUCGUGUUUGGAUGGGCCGUUAUAAUUUUUAUUGCGCUUCUGGCAUGUAGUUUUCUCAUCAACUCUUUCAACAGGCGUAGGACUUCAAAUACCACAGCUGCUGAGAUUCUUAGACCCGGGUUCAUGCACUGA